GUGGCACUGUCUUUCCGUCAUGAUGGCAUUGAAUUCUAUUCCUAUAAGUGGCUAUAUCUGCCAUUUUUGAAACUCCAAGUUCAGCCCAGUCUUUUUUUUUUCUUUCUGCACUCUUGUCUUUUGGGAAGUUUUCCCUUUACGGUCCUUACCAGUUAGUUUUUCUUACCUAAAUUUUGGGGGGGUUUGGUAACGUUUUUCUAUUCAUAUACCCAUCAUGAAGUUCUCGCGCGCAGCUGUUCUUUCUCUCCUUUCUGGAAUCGGGGCUGCAUCUCCAGAUGCCGAUUGUUCUCCUGUCACAACCACAAUCUACCAACCUACUACUAUAACUGUCACAGAACCUUCCUUUGUAACUUCUACUGUUACUCUUGGGGGAGGUGGAGGUUAUGGCGAAGUAGAGAAAUCUGGUACAACAAUAUAUCACACUGUCACACUCGGAGGCGGAUCUUCUGCUACACCAGUUACCAUCACAGCACCUGCUCAAACUGUUACAGCAUCUGUUCAGACUAUUACAGCACCUGCUCAAACAAUCACAGUUAACAAUGGAGGAACGGUUAUUGGAGGAGGGUCCACUUCUACAUCAUCAUCUUUGAAGGUGUUCAAGACUUCUACCCCUAUUAUAAGUGGAACAGGAUCGCUUCUGGGAGCUCAGAUCACACCCCUUCCCUCGGCCGGCGCUACCGGAGCCGUUACACAAGUAAACGUGAUAUCAGGGGUUUCAACAGUUCAAGUCUGUCCUACUGGUGCUACAACUUAUGAGUGCACAGAGGUCGUUUAUGGUUCAGGUGGAGAAAUCAUUGUAGUUCAGAUCAUCACUGUUGACGUCACGGUAGAUGUCUACGGUGAGGCCAGCACAGUGACAAUAACCAAGAUCGCCAGCGCUACUUCCACCCCCAGUCUCCCACCUACACACUCGGAAAGCCUUCUCGGAACCAAGACCGGCAAAGUGACAUCUACUGGUAAGCCUACAGGACCACCAUAUUCAUUUGGAAAUGGAAGCGAGCCUGUCUAUCCAACAGGUAGUAUUAGAACAGGAACCAGCAUCUCACACAAGCCUACUGGAACCGGAAAACCAACAAAGCCAACGCACGUCGUCUCAAUUGGCCAAAAUGGAACUCUCUAUUUCUCACCUCAAUACAUUGAUGCGGAGGAAGGAGAUACCGUGCGCUUCAAUUUCCACCCAACUAAUCACACCAUAACUUCUUGUGAUUUUGCGGCUCCUUGCGUUAUGAAUGGUGUCUAUGAUUCGGGAUUCAAGCCCGUUUUGGCUAAAAACAUGACUACAUUUGUUGACUUCCCCGUUACAAACGCCACGAACCCACUAUUUUUCUUCAGUCGUCAAAAGAAUGAGUGUGAGUCAGGCAUGGUGUUCGCUAUUAAUCCUAAAUCGAAAACUCAAUAUGAUGAAUUCGUAUCUGCUGCCAAGGGCAAGAAGGUUACCACCACAAGCCAUGCACCGACUGGAACAGCAUAUUCAACCGGUACGGUUAGGGGCACGGGCCUUCCAUAUUCUCGUAACGGCACUUACUCAUAUGGACUUCCAUCCGGCAGUGUCCGACCCACAUCAUCGCACUCUGAGUUGGGCAUUAGUGUGACCGGCUCAUCAAAAGCGCCCUUUCCUACUGGCGGGUUAAACACAACUAUUAGCACUGGAACUGGGGUACACCAUAUCGAGACGGGAACAGGGUUCGCACUGCCAUCAGGCAGCUUUAAACCAUCCGGCAGUAUCAAGCCAUCCGGUAGUGUCAAGCCAUCCGGUAGUGUCAAACCAUCCGGUAGUGUCAAGCCAUCCGGUAGUGUCAAACCGUCAGGCAGCAUUCGCAGCUCCGGGUUUCCACACUCAUCGGGUUCCUUCAGACCAACUGGAAGUAUUAAUGGCAGUGGCCAUGCAUCUUCAACCGGCGCGCUGGUGUCUCCAACGAGCAGCGCGAAGACAUCUAUCGUCUCAAGCAGCUUAUCUUCAGUCACUAGCAAAACUAGGUCAUCAUCACACUCAACCACUAGCAGUUCGAGUUCGUCUUCACACUCGACCACCAGUAGUUCUAGUUCGACCGUCACCACUACUUCUUCAAUUCACGGUUAUGUUCCCUAUAGCUUCUCUACUCCCGCCGCUUCAUAUGUCGCUCAACCUUAUCGAGCGUAAACUGAAGGUUUGAUGGAAGUCAUGAGGAGGAUUGCAUAUAUCAGGAGCUAAGAAGUUGUGUGGCGCGGGCGCAGACAAAAUUGGAUUCGAUUGGCAUUACUUUCUUCAUUGUCCCUUGCCCUUUUAUUUCGUGUAUGCAUUAUGUAGAAUUGAUUUCGAAAAAUGGAGAUUUUUUUAUGCUGUACUACCAAUGCAUGUGCUGCCUACCGGAAUUGGAAUUCUCUCCCA